CAAGGCCUGAUGAUGCGAGCGGCCCCGUAACCGACCAUGGUCCGUGUUACCGACGAGCUGGCGCUCUCGCCAGAGCAUGUCGCUCUUUACCACGCCGUCGACCCGCUCCUUGGCCACCUGCCCGUCCUCGUCUUCCACGGGCCCUCGACCACGGCCAACUACACUCUCAACAGCUCCCGCAUCCAGGUCCACGUCUGCAGCCCCGCCGGCCUCCAGUCCUUCCCGCGAAUCACAAUCUCGCCCAACUCUCCCUUCUAUGGCGCCGUCAACUACCUCCCGCGCGAGUUCCAGGGCGACGAGAUAUGCCGCGGGCUCGCCUUCGGCCUGUUCAAGUACUUUACCGAGCUGCCACAGGUCGUCAAGACACACCUCAAGAACCAGUACCCCACCACCCGCGGCCGCCGCCCCGGUUCCGCCCCGACCCUCUUUGGCGAACAGCAUGCCGCCGACCUGGCUAAGGCCAUGGUCAAGGCCGAGACCACGGCUGGGAUCAUCAACACCUUCCACACAGCCUUCCAGACCCAGCAUGUCAGUAACGUCGACAUCGACCUCGUCCUGCCACCAGGCGCCAUCGUCCCUCUGCGGCCCGAGGACUUGGAGGAGAUGCCCGAGGAUGAGGACGACAUCCUCGACCCGACCCUGCGCCAGUACGGGACCUACACGGCGCUCGUCAAGCUCUUUGGCGAGCCCGUGUUCCUGCCCACGUCCAAACUCCGUAGGGCACCGUCCAAGCCGAGCUCGCUCAACAGGAGCAAGUCGUACACUAAGGAGCAAAAGGUGGAGCUGCGGAUGAAGAUGAGGGAGCUGGUCGACACGGAAGAGCGCUACGUCCUCAAGCUGAACGAGCUUGUUGGCCACAUUGCCGAGGAUUUCCGGCAGAGUGCCAAACAGCGCUCAUCAGAGAGCCUGAGCCCCUCGGAGGAGGAGCUGAACAAGCUGUUCCCCACCUCGGCCGACCGGAUCCUCCAGGUCAAUACGGCUUUCAUGCAGGAGCUGCGCAAGGUCAUGGACGACACGGAAGAGGACGCGCUGAAUGACAUGGAACACCACUCGGCGGCGGGCUUGCGACUAGGAGGUUCCGUCAGAGUGAAGGACCCUAGCGGGGCUCUUGCUAUGGCGCGAGUCUUUCUCGAAUGGUUCCCCAAGUUCACAGACUGCUACCAGGACUACAUUCGUGCCAGCCAGCACUUCCCGCAGCUUCUGAACUCCUUUCUGGACAAACAGUCGAGCUUUCGCCAGCGUGUUGUGCAGACGGGCGAGCAGGCCGUCCGCUCGAUCCUCAUCGAGCCCGUUCAGAGGCUGCCACGCUACAGCCUAUUCAUUGACCAGAUCGUGGGCUCACUGCCCAUAACGCACCCGGCGCUGCAGCUCAUGCUGCGUGCCCGGGACAUAAUCACAAACAUCUGCUCCAUGGAUGAUCCCCAUCGAGACAAGCCCCACGUGACGCACCGGCUACGAAACUUCAUCGAGAGCUGGCCCGUGGACCUACAGCCACAGGGCAGACUGGUCAUGGCUGCUGACUUCGUUGAGCUCACCCCUCCUCAUUUUUCGCCAGACAGAGCCGAUCAGGACGGCGCGGGCAUGUUUCUCGUGUUUUCCGACUGCGUGGUAAUGGUCAGGAAGAAGUCGAGCUCGACGCUGAACGGGCGUGACCUGCUUCGUGAGGUCGACAAGCCUUCGCCCGCAGGUCUCCUUGUCUCGAUGACCAACGCGGCGGGUGGGCCUGGCUCUUACGAGUUUGCAUUCGCCGGGUGGCACAGCAUCGCAGACGUGCGCUUUACCGAGUCGGCCGACGGCCGCAUGAUCUGGAUGACUUCGACUCGGGAGAUGAAGGGAGCGCACUCGGGCGAGUAUGUCACAAGCAAGGCCGUCACAUCGCGCUGUUUUCUGCUCCAGGAGUCGUUCGAGGGCAGGGCAGCGCGCCUGGGCGAGGACAUCGUCCGGUCCCGGAUCGAGGCGCGUUUCUCGGAGAAGGAGCGGGAGGACCCGGCCUGGACGCUCAGGUCUGUGAGGAUGCAGGACAACAACCUAGGCCUGCAUGCCGCCGUCUUCCAGGAGGCCGCCGAGCAACUUAUCGAGGGACGGAGGGAGCCGGCCGCCAUACGCAUCGUGCUCGACACUGACAAGGGCACCAAGUCGGCCCCUGUCGGCCACUACGGCGUCGAGAUCCUAAUUGAGGUCAGGACGAGCGACAGGAGCGACAAGGUCACGGUCAACUCGCUCGGCCUCAACGGGAAACACUUCACAGACGAUGUGGUUCUUGAGGAUUUCUUGUCGACAAUUUCUAGGCGAAUAAUUCAACUGCUCAGCAGCCAGUUCAACGUGGGCAACCCUUCUUUGGUCCCAGCCCUGGUUUCGAGCUAUACCAAAAUUCUACGCGGGCUGAGCCUGUCGUCGCGUGCAGAGAAGACGAAAUCCUUCUUGGCCUCGUCGCCAGUCAAGUUGCUCUCAAGUAUUCUUGGCGGCGCCUCAACUACAGACCUGUCUGCACCACCCGCAAAGCAUCCAAGGACACCCCUUACCAACGUCCCAACCCUGUUCCCACCUCCUCUCAGCCGCUCAAACAGCUCGUCUGCCAGCCGGCACGAGAUAACCUCGCACAGCGGCUCCAUCAGGGACAGGGACGCUAUCCGCACCGACGACGAUAGGCCAGAGAACCCCCUUGUUCGACUGGAGCAGACCUUCACCGGUUAUGUCGCAGCACUGCAGUCCAGGAAAGGGCAAUUUGUCGGUAGGAUGCUUUUGAACAGGUCGGUCGCCGACGAGCUGUCGGUCAAUGAUCUGUACAACAGGCUCAUCGAGUUUCCGUUCGACUGGGACGCGUCGGCCGACCUGCCUUCCGAGGUCAUCUUCGCGGCGUUUGAAAAGUUCACGCGCAUUGCCUGGCGAGAGCAGAUGGGUCCCAUAAUGACGGUGCAAGCCUUGGACGCCCUUCAGGAGAGGGCUUCGCGGAGGGUUCCCGGCGACUUCGCCGAUUUCGUCAACUAUCUCUUCGCUGAGAUGGCGCCUCAGAACCGGAGAGCGUUUACGGCCCUGAUCAAGCUGCUUGCUGAUCUGCUCGACGGUUGCGCAAACGACGGUGACCGUGGGGCGAUGACGGUUGCCUUUGCAGAGCUACUAGCUCUUGACGGGAACCCCAAUAACUAUAUUAACCUCCUCGACCGGCUGGUCGAGGACUGCGAACGGAUCUUUGAGGAGGUCGGAUUCGGCUCCUCCAAUUUCCGCACAUCCAACUUUGAGGCGUCGAUGAACUCGAUGACGAGGGGCCAAAAGUCGACAACGGGUUCUCUGACGUCCAACACAUCAUCGAUCCGGCGAAAGUUUGGCUUUGACAACCUCCUGCGGCAAAAUAGCAAGCAAGAGUCAGAGCGGCCAUCGAUGUGGAGGAGCCUGAGCAAGCAUGGCAGGAACCCGGCAACCGGCGAGAGCCACAGCCUGUCCAAGGCGUCCUCAAAUCGCGCACGAUCAAUAGAUAUGAGCGCGAGCAUGACCAUGACGCAGCAACCAAGCCCCAAUAAGCUGCGGCGGCCCGGAUCCCGAGACCGGCCUCCUGUUGCUGGCGCAUUUGACGACAUAAUGAUGCGCCCCUCGAGCUCACACCGGCUCGAGACUAUCGGAGAGCCAGAAACCGGUGAGGUACCGCCAGAUAAAACCCUCAAGAAGAAGCGGCACAGCUCCCUGUCCGACUUGAAGAGCUUGAUGGCGGAGGCUACGCUUGAAGAUCCGCCCCUGUCGCCACUGCGACCCAACAAGCAAACGUCGGAGAAAUUCAACUCUUCAGGCUCGAGCACCGUCGUAACAACCAAGAUUCCGACACCCUCCAAGAUCCCCGUCAGCCCCCGGUCGCCAGGCCUGUUUCCAACACGCCUUAAGGAGAACAUGGCGGAACCGGGGCAGAGACUAGCCGCGACCUCGCCGACGACGUUGGAGAUGCCACUGACGCACUCAAAAAGCCUAUCGAGCUCUCAGAUUCCAACGCUCAGGAUAUCGCGGAACUUUAGCGCGCGUCCGGACUCGCCAACGCGCUCGCAGUCUACCCUGAGCAGGCCGAACUCACCUCAGAAGCUCAAGCUGCAGUCGCCCCAGAAGCUUCGAGAACGGCUGCAGACGGAGAAGAAGGCGGUGGAUGAGGUGGACGCGUCGCUCCAGUCGGAGCUCUCGCGCAUAACCGAGGAUAUGGCGCGGGUGAACGGCUCGCUGCCGCGGUCGGGCACGACGGACCUGCGCAAGAUAUCGGCCAGCGUGCGGUCGCUGGAGGAGCGGGUGCCGCAGAUGAUGGCCGAGAUGGCUGAGCGGCAGGCGGCCAUGGAGCGUGACAUGGAUGCGGCGCUCAAGGCAAGUGAGGCCAAGGUGCGGGCCAUCGACCAGCUGUACAAGGAGUCCAUGGCCGAGAACGAGCUCCUGUACGAGAAGUUCAACUCGGAGCUUGGCAAGAUCGUCAAGGCGCUCAAGGGCAAGGGCCGCGAGGAAAAGGAGGAGCUGGUCGCCAGGCUCAAGGACCAGAGCGAGGAGACGGCCCGCGUGAAGAAGGACAACGCUCGUCUGAAGCGGGACAUUGUGAGCCUGCGCGCUCUUAUCAAGGGUGGAGAGAGUCAGGGGUAAAGUCCGCUGUGACGACUGAAGGAUGACAGCAUGCUUUGUUUAUUUUUAUAUUUUUUUUCUUCCUACCUGUCAAGCAUUGCCAUUUCCCUUUUUCUCUUUCCUGGGAGGAGCUACUUACAUGGGUUUGUUUGUAUGAGCGGGCUUGUGGCGUUGAUGUCCGAUUUGCCUCCUAAGCCCCUUCUCUUUGGACAUGUUCUAUGCCCAGGCGGCGGUUGUGGUGGCAUGUACGAAUUGUACGAUACUGAAGACCAGAAUAUGCGGAGGUUCAACAUGCUGGAGGUUGCCCGAGUUUGGUCUCCCGGAGCCUGACGGAUAGCAUCUUGUUCGAAAUCGCUGUUGAUGCUGGGAACGUCUUUUGUGUUGCAUAUCCGGCCAUUGGGCUUCGGUGUGAAAAUGGAGGGAGAGAAUGAAUGUGUUC